CCACCGUUUUCUCUCUCCUUUUUUCUCGGUACUCACUCCAAUGGACACUCUACAGGCCACUUACCGAGACGACGACACCGAUGAAGACUCCCCUCCCCUGCCACCGCCGAUCACCGCCGCCGCCACGCUGGCAAACGCCGUCGUGGUACCCGACAUGAAGCCCGAGUUGCCCGAACAGAAUCGCGUGAUAGAUAUCAAGCAACACCUUGAAGCCGCUGCCUCCGAAGAUGUUUCGCCCGAAGAAAUUUCCUCGUACGGAAUCGAAACUCCUGGAGACGCCGACCAAAUCGACAAACACGGUACUCUGAAUUCCGGCGAUCUCCCACCGGAAAUUGGCACCGACGAAGUGGGAGAAGGCGGAGAGGUGGAGGAGGAGGAAGAAGAAGAGGAGCCCCCACAGAAGAAGCAGAAGACCCUCCCCGAUCUGCCCAAACGCGAAACCCCUGAUAGCAAAAUUACCGAAAUGCCCCCGCCGGCUGAUGCAGUUCCUCCGCCGCCCCGGAGCGGAAAGCCGCCCACCGCCAAAUCUGGAAAGAAAUCGAAGAAGAAGGACGUGUGGACCACCACCACCAGAAAGGGGAAGAAGAAGACCAAGCAUGCAUCAAACAGCAGCCACAGUUCCAAGAACCCCACAUACGGCCACCCCUUAGCCGAGGAUAGAAUGUUGAUUUCCCCGGUCCCGAGAUUCCCCGACAAAACCGACGAUAGCCCGGACUCGAAAAUCUGCCUCUCGAAGGUCCACAAGGCGGAGAAGGUCGAACUGAGCGACGAUAGAACGACCGCAAGCAGCACAAAGGGGUACAGAAUGGUGAGGGCGACGCGGGGAGUGGUCGAGGGCGCGUGGUACUUCGAGAUUAAAGUGGUGCGUUUGGGAGAGACGGGACACACGAGGCUCGGGUGGUCCACCGAUAAAGGGGAUUUGCAGGCACCCGUUGGAUACGAUGGCAAUAGUUUCGGAUAUAGGGAUAUUGAUGGGAGUAAAGUGCACAAAGCAUUGAGAGAGAAGUAUGGGGGUGAAGGGUAUCAAGAGGGUGAUGUUAUAGGGUUUUAUAUCAAUUUGCCGGAUGGAGGGGCCUACGCCCCUAAUCCUCGGUGCUUGGUUUGGCACAAGGGGCAGCGGUACGUGUCUGCUCCCGAUGCAAAGGAGGAACCCCCCAAAGUUGUUCCGGGGAGUGAAAUAUCGUAUUUCAAAAACGGAAUUAGUCAGGGUGUUGCUUUCACAGAUAUUUGUGGUGGUCGUUACUUCCCCGCUGCUUCAAUGUACACUCUUCCCGACCAGCCAACUUGUGUUGUUAAGUUCAACUUUGGUCCUGAUUUCGAAAAAUUUCCAGAAGACUUUGGCGAACGUGCUGUACCAAAACCUAUGAUCGAAGUUCCGUAUCAAAGUUAUGAUGGCAGAGUUGAGACUGGUGUGUCAUAUCAGUAGCUUAAAAAUUCUGCUCCCGUAUUUUCGAAUUAUUAGGAACAUGGUUUUAUUCAAGUUUUGGAUUUGGAUGUAAUUUUGUUUGCUUUCGAUGACUGAACUUAUAAGAACGGUCACCUUGGUGAAACAACUUCUCUUUUUAGUUUUCAAAACUCGUUCCUUGCGCCU